CAGGAGCUUAGCUAAAGCAGCCUAGCAAACUAGCUCACUUGCUCGAUAGAUCGCAAUGGCGGCGAAGGCAGCGCUUGUUCUGGCAGUGAGCCUCCUCGCCGUGGCCGUGGCGAGCGCCUGCACCUACUGCCCGGAGCCGCCGACGCCGAAGCCACCGGCGCCGAAGCCGCCGGCGCCGAGGCCGAAGCCCAGCUACGGCGGCUCGUGCCCGCGCGACGCGCUGAAGCUGCACGUGUGCGCCAACGUGCUCGGCCUCGUCAAGGCCAAGAUCGGGGCGGCGCCGUACGAGCCCUGCUGCUCGCUGCUUGACGGGCUCGUCGACCUCGACGCCGCUGUCUGCCUCUGCACCGCCAUCAAGGCCAACGUGCUGGGCCUCAACCUCAACAUCCCCGUCGACCUCAGCCUCAUCCUCAACAACUGCGGCAAGAUCUGCCCCUCCGACUACCAGUGCGCCUAAUCGAUCGACCAUAUCAUGGAUGCAUCUUUGGUUGGUUUGUGCGUGCAUGGGUUUACUGUCAGUCUGAUCGAGCUCUGAACUUAAUUUGGGAAAUUUUCUGUUUUGUUUAUGCUUGCAAAGUUUGUUUAUGGGAAGUAAUGGCCAGUAUGCAUUACGUGUGUAAGUGUCAGUUGUGAUCCCCGGUGAUCGAUCAGUUAACUGGUCAUUAUGUUGUUUUUUUGUGUGCUUAUGAUACGUUAUGUUUCAGAUGAUCCAGUAAAUCGAUGAGUCGAGGUUGCAAGUAAUUCUUUUGUAAUUAAAUUUGGAGCUCUGGAAUUUGGAUAUGAAUGUUACACAUAUUACUUUUU